UACUAAACCCCAUCUUUCCGGCCGAGCUGUGGUAGUGGUGGUGCAGGUUGAAGGACGUUAGCUGCUGUGUGUUUCUGGCGAGAUUGAAAUCAUGGCAGGUCCAGAACAUGAUGCCCAGUUCCAGUUCACUGGCAUCAAAAAGUAUUUCAACUCUUACACUCUCACAGGUAGAAUGAAUUGUGUACUGGCCACAUAUGGAGGCAUUGCUAUGCUUAUCUUGUACUUCAAGUUAAGGUCUAAAAAAACGCCAGCUGUGAAAGCAGCAUAAGUGGAUUUUACAGUGUCUGACCUCAUCUGUUAAGUCCCAUGCCUGGAGGAGCUAAUAUCAACUCAUCAUGUAAUACUCAAUUUGUACAAUAAAUUAUGAACCUGGAAAAAA